GCUUGGAAAGGGGAGUCUCCCGGAAUUCUAGCUUUUAUGGCUGAUGCUUUUUAGCUGGCUUGUAGCUGCUAUAGUGUUGCUCCUUCUGUGAACUCGAUUGUGAUAUUAUGUGCUAACACAGUGUAGCUAGAUAUUCCCUGAAAACCUGGUGCACUACAUCUCUAUGACAAUUAUUUCACUUGCAUCAAAACAUUAUUUAUAUCAUCAAAGGGUAGGAUGUUCACGCAUCAACAGUAUUACUCUGCGCCUGCACCAUUCCACUCCUCCAACUCCUCGAGACCUCGAGUCGGCCUCGCCGUGAUUUGCAGAUGCUCUGAAGGGAACACUUCUGUCUAUUGCUUACUGCAAAAACGAGGGACGUAUUCCAACUCUCCGAACAAGUGGUCGUUUCCAGGGGGACGGUUGUCGGAGCCUAGUGAUGCCGAGGACGAUGGAGCUGCGGCCACUCGUAAGAAGCUGGAGGAGGAGUGCGGUCACGGCUCUCCCCCUGGACUACCCCCUCUCAUACACAUCGAGUGCUGCAAGUCAGGAAAGGCAAAGCAGACGCUCUAUCAUGUGUUUGUCGUGGACACCUCUACAGACAAGUUAUGGGACCAAUGGAGCCCUCGACCAAACGAAGUGACGUGCACCAACAUCGAUCUUAGCUCACCUGAACUCGUCCUGCACGGCCAGACCUUCCCCUGUUUCCAUGGUUACUGCUGGGCGGACCUGAGUCUACUAAUCGAGGAGUGUUUCGAGCUAGUGACAACCCCAGGCAGUCCUGAAAGCGACCUACAGUAUGGACUAGUCAGAUGGAUAUACACAUACGGAGAACACAUUCUAAAAACUCUGAUCGCUAGAAGUCCAAAGAUACCUCACACAAGACGACUAUCGAAUCCUGGCACACCUCUAAACGGGACUACGAUUCUUCGUCCUCGCAUUCCAAAACCGUCAGAUAACUUGAUUCCAAGACCAUAUCGCUAUGGCGUGUUCGGACCAAGAGCGUCCCUCCCACCAUUGAUACCUAUCCCAUAUCCAAUGUCAUCUGCUCCAAUUUACCGAAUGCCACAGCACAAUGUAGGUCCACUCUCUCCCACUGGCUCUUUGGGGGGUCUACCUCACAUGCACUCUCCAUUACACAAUGUGGGGGUCCAUGAAACUCAUUCCAAUGUUUUACUUCCGCUACAUCACCAAGGGCAGCCGAAUUUCAUGUUUUACGGACCUCACUCUUCAAUUCCAAUUCAUUCCACCAUGCCUGAGAAGAUUCCACUGAUGCAGUCGGCACCUGGACUCUUACAACAAGCCCCCGGGCUUAUGCAACAACCUCCUGGUAUCCUACAGCAAGUCCCCCCGGGGCUUAUACACCAUCCACCACCUGCCGUCGCUCGACAAUCUUCUAACGAAAGUUUCAACACUCAGCAAUUCCUUCAUUCCUCAUCACCCACUCACCUCGUUGCCGAAGUAACGGAAGGGGCUCCCCCCAUCAACCCUCAGUUGCCCCCAAGAUCCAAUCUAGUAUCUGAAGUCAGUCCCACUCCAGUGAUUAUGCCCACCCCCCAAAAUAUCUCGAUGCUUGGCCACACCCAUCAAAACGUGGCUCUAGAUCCCCACCAAUUAAGUGUAUUAGGACCAGGUCACAUGACUGCACUGGGGAACCACGAACAAGCUCUGUUACCGUUGGCAACUGCGCAAGUUCCCCUGCACGACGACAAAAUGUCCCGGCAAAUUCCCGUACGUGGAUCCAACUCUGGACCACUCCUCCCUAAUCCCCCGGUAAUGCCCCACCAUCCACCCCCUCAAAACAACCAUCGCAAGGAAACGGUGUGCAAGUUCUACGUCUCCGGUGCAGGUAUAUGUCCGUAUGGCGAAAAGUGUUGGUUCGCUCAUCCGGAACCUAUUGGCUCUAUCCCCUCGCCCACUCAUAGAGGGUAUCCCGAGUCUGUGUCGAGUACCGCUGGUGGGUACGGAUAUCGAGGGACUCUGGCGACAGUGGCCCAGGCUGGUCAGACUACUGUCUGGAUGAACGGUCAGAUGGUGCAACAGUAUGGGAUGACCUCACCACCACAGUCCCCUCUCAGUACAGGUGUAGUGACUGUCCCUAGUGGGCACCUGGGCACCCUCCCCCCUCCACGUCACUCGUACCCUCAGGCUAUGUUGGCCUCCCAUCAGCAACAGCAACAGCAACAACAACUAAUGCUCUUGCAACAGCAGCAAAGACCGAUGAUGCAGCCCAUUCCAACGCAGCAGAAUCCAAUACUACGCUUUGAAUUGCUCACCGAUCUUCGAAUGGUUGACGAAAAUCGAUUCCCGGUUGUGAAAAUCUCACAGCAAACUUCGAGAGCCGAUCAAUUGUACGUCAGUUUUGGGCCGCACGUGCAUAACUACAAGAUUUUGUUCGGUGGGAAUCGACCGUCCACUCAGAGUUUUUAUCUGGUGGAUGAUACAAAUUUGUCUGAAAUUGUGUCGUGUGUUCAUUGCUCUCGGCAUCAACCCGGGCUACUGGUUGUUGGAACCGAGACUGGGAGUAUCAAUCUCUGGGAAUUGAAACGUGGGAAUGGACACAGUGUCUUAUCUGACGUACACAGGAACAUCAUUCAUCCUAAUUCUCUCCCUAAGCCAGACGAGGCCAUCACUUCUCUAGUCCAGUUUUCAACGUUCACUAACUCCUCGGUGGUGGUGGCGGGCACGAGGGGCGGGACCCUCACCUGGUAUAUAGCCCAACCCCCUCAGAAAACCUUCUCCGUCCUCUACACUGACAAGAACCAGCACGCACAGCACAGCAUUGUUGCUCUGCAGUUGCAGGGCAGUCACCUGCUGUCAGGUGACUCUGGAGGCAGAGUGGCACUGUGGAGCAUGCAAACACAGACUCCUCUGGUACAGGGGGCGUUCUAUGCUCAUUCUGUCUCUCUUUUCAACCUCCACGUGAUUGACAGCACUCACUUCCUUACUAUUGGCACAGGUUCUGUUUCUUCUGAUAAUGUACAUCCUAGUACCCCCUCUGGGGGUCAGUCUGAGGGGGGUAAGAGUGUGGUACCACCCCUAGACUCCCUCGCUGGGGACAUAUCUAACCUCUCCAUUGCUGACACCACAACCAAUUCUACCACAGGUACUACAACAAGCUCACAUGACCUCAACAAAUUUAACAUCAAUCUCUGGCAGUUCCCCAAACUCGUCUCGUCCUGGACAGAAGAGGGUGUGGUCAACUCCACCUCAUUCCACAUACACACUCCGCCUGGAAACAUGUUUCUAGCCGUUGGCCUACAAGGUGGCAAGGUGAAAAUCUUCAAUCUCCCGAGCUUCAAGAUUGCCUCUGAACUCCACUUUCCCGAAAUGAAAGGAUCGGAAUGCUCGCACAUAACGAUCAAUCACUCGAGGGAGACUCCGAUAAUGAGCUCUGUUUAUUAUCGAAAUCCGUUUAGGGACUUAAUUUUGACGACGGUGUGGUCUGAUGGUCGUAUCAUGGUCUGCCAGGUGGCAAAACAAGUGACUGUAUGAAACUAACUAGCGUUUAUUAUUAAUCAAGAAUUGUACGUACUCCUCUCUGCGUGUGUAUGUGUGUAUGUGUUUGUUUAUAGUGUUUUGUACAGACGUCC